AUGCGGUUGAAACGCGGCGUUGAGCGGGCGUCCUGCGACUUCUGCCAUCGCCGCAAGAUCAAAUGCGAUCGAGCUUCACGGGAAAAGCAGGGCCACUCUUCCUGCUCGCCUUGUUCUUUGCGUCAAAUUCAGUGUAUUCUUGAUGAUGCGGAUGAUAUUCGCCUCCGCAGACGGCGAAGACUAAGCAGCCGCGAUGGAGACGCUCAAAGUCUCAGUAAUUCAAGCCCAUUUCCCUCUAUAUACGGCGGAGAAACUCAAACGAUAUCCCAAGAGAGACUUCAGCAGCCAUUGCCAUCCUACUUUCCACCAGAUACAGAGGAUAGUAUCCCUUUAUCGGUGGACCAGACGCCGGACUUGUCUUUCAUCGACACCCCUUUCGAGCUCAGUCCAGAGAGCAUCUUUUUCUUGGACCAAAUCUUCUUGGGUGGCGGUUAUGAAGGAUCAACAGAGUACCAUGAGCCACAAAUAAAACUCUGGGUUGGCUGCAAUCUUGACAAAGAGACAUUUGAUGCAGCACUGCAUGCUUACUUUGACUUGGCCACCAUUCAUCUCCCGGUGAUCAUGGAGGAUGCUUUCUGGAAGGAUUAUUGCGCUGGGCGAUGUAGUCCUGCUCUAGUAUAUGCCGUUGCUUGUCGAGGAAUCAUUUUCACAGCUACUUCGGAUAGCUGGGACAAGCAACAAUGCCUAGCCACGAUGUUUAGACAAAAGUUCUUGGAGGCCCGGCAAAAAGCAACUGGUAAAUCGGCUAUACGUCUCGAUGAUCUUGAGGCACUGGCAAUCAUGGUCGGCUGGGCAUACGAUGAAGCGAGAAGUUCGCCUCUCGAUACACAAUUGGGAAACCUUUUCCUAACGCAUGAAUCACUUGUCCUAGCUACGCUACAGUCGCAGAUGCAAGACUGCGAUGCAGGAAAUUCAGGAAAUACAGACCAGAUAGGUCCGCUUGCGCGCAAAGAGGAGCGUCGUAGGCUUCUUUUCUGGCAUGUGUAUGGGCUUGACGCGUUCCACAGCCUGGAUCAGAGCCUCAUCUCCAGGAUUCCAGAUGGAGAGAAUGAGGGCAUAUCACGAAAACUGCCGCACCAUGAUACCGGAAGCUAUCUUGAUGCCAUUCUCAGCUUGGCCAUUAUUGCGAGAGAGAUGCUGCAGGUUUUUAUGACUGUCAGCACAAAACGGAAUGGAAUCAAGCCCCAAGACGCCAUAAAUAUGUAUGAAAGGCUCGACCGUUGGCACAACCUCGAAUGUCCGGUUCACCUUCGUAGGAAGAGAGAUGGAAAAGGCAAACUGACGCCACCGGCAGUCAGCGAGUCAACAAAGACCAAUUUUAUCCAGCCAUUGCAUUGCUCUCUCCUUUGGCUUUUGGAAAUAAACUGUUACCUGCAGGUCGAAGCUUGCGUUUCUCGUUACGGUAUGCGAGACGGUGGCCCCUUUGAGGCAGAAAUGGCUGCUCAUCGAAUUGAAUUGGAGUCUUUGCGGGCAGUCAAGGACGGCAUGGAGAUUUGUCAAUGGAUGAAGCGAUUCUCGGCUGCAACAGGUGCAGGCAGCGCCGCCAAGAGCCAUUCUCUAAUCGACCUUGCGCCGUUUGCCCGCGAUAUCUGUGCAGGCCAAUGUUUUUGGAUAAGUGAGCGCGGCAAAAGGGCGAUCCGUCAUCCCACAGGUCGGCAGCGAGGAGCAAAAGCCGGAAAUGAUCACAAGAAGAAUGAUAUUGAUGACUACAUGAAGGCUGCCAAGGAAUUUCGAAGCGCCGUGGCGACAGCAACGUCGCACAGAGACACCGAACUUGUGUUGGAGCGGCUAGACCAGCAGAUUGCUUCGUUUGAGGACCUUUUGGCGCAGUAG